UGGCAAUCAGGGCGGGUCCAGCUGCUGUGUUCCUGCCAGCUCUCAGCUGCAGCCGCGGUCCUGUUGCGCUGUCGCCGCUGCAGCCGCCGCCUGGGUCCCUUCCACCGCGCCUUUGCCUGGCGGCUGCCUGCCUCCCCGGCUCCGGUGGCAGACACCAUGUACGGCUUUGUGAAUCACGCGCUGGAGCUGCUGGUGAUCCGCAAUUAUGGGCCGGAGGUGUGGGAAGACGUCAAGAAAGAGGCACAAUUAGAUGAAGAAGGACAAUUUCUUGUUAGAAUAAUAUACGAUGACUCUAAAACUUAUGAUUUGGUUGCCGCUGCAAGCAAAGUCCUCAAUCUCAAUGCUGGAGAAAUCCUUCAAAUGUUUGGAAAGAUGUUUUUUGUCUUUUGUCAAGAAUCUGGUUAUGACACAAUCUUGCGUGUUCUGGGAUCUAACGUCAGAGAAUUUCUCCAGAACCUAGAUGCUCUACAUGAUCAUCUUGCCACUAUCUACCCAGGCAUGCGUGCACCUUCCUUUAGGUGUACUGAUGCAGAAAAGGGAAAGGGACUCAUUUUGCACUAUUACUCUGAACGGGAAGGACUUCAGGAUAUUGUCAUUGGAAUCAUUAAAACAGUAGCUCAGCAAAUCCAUGGCACUGAAAUUGACAUGAAGGUUAUUCAGCAAAGAAAUGAAGAAUGUGAUCACACCCAGUUUUUAAUUGAAGAAAAAGAAUCAAAAGAGGAGGAUUUUUAUGAAGAUCUUGACAGAUUUGAAGAAAAUGGAACCCAGGAAUCACGUAUCAGUCCAUAUACUUUCUGUAAAGCUUUUCCUUUUCACAUCAUCUUUGAUCGGGACUUAGUGAUUACUCAGUGUGGCAAUGCUAUCUAUCGUGUGCUCCCCCAGCUUCAACCUGGGAACUGUAGCCUUUUAUCUGUUUUCUCUCUGGUUCGGCCUCAUAUUGACAUAAGUUUCCAUGGAAUCCUUUCACACAUCAAUACAGUUUUUGUAUUGAGAAGCAAGGAAGGGUUGUUGGAUGUAGAAAAAUUAGAAUGUGAGGAUGAAUUGACUGGGACAGAAAUCAGCUGCUUACGUCUCAAAGGUCAAAUGAUCUACUUACCUGAAGCAGAUAGCAUACUUUUCCUGUGUUCACCAAGUGUGAUGAACCUGGACGACCUGACAAGGAGAGGGCUGUACCUCAGUGAUAUCCCUCUGCACGAUGCCACACGCGACCUUGUCCUUCUGGGGGAGCAGUUCCGGGAGGAAUACAAACUCACUCAGGAGCUGGAGAUCCUCACAGACAGACUGCAGCUCACUUUACGGGCCCUAGAAGAUGAGAAGAAAAAGACUGACACGUUGCUAUAUUCUGUCCUUCCUCCUUCUGUGGCCAAUGAACUGAGACACAAGCGGCCUGUGCCUGCCAAGAGAUAUGAUAAUGUCACCAUCCUAUUCAGUGGCAUUGUGGGUUUCAAUGCUUUCUGUAGCAAACACGCUUCUGGAGAGGGGGCCAUGAAGAUUGUCAACCUUCUCAAUGAUCUCUACACCAGAUUUGAUACUCUGACGGACUCCCGGAAAAAUCCAUUUGUUUAUAAGGUUGAGACUGUUGGUGAUAAGUAUAUGACAGUGAGUGGUUUGCCAGAACCAUGCAUCCACCAUGCACGAUCUAUCUGCCACUUGGCUUUGGACAUGAUGGAAAUUGCUGGCCAGGUUCAAGUAGAUGGAGAAUCUGUUCAGAUAACAAUCGGGAUCCACACUGGAGAGGUUGUGACAGGGGUCAUUGGCCAGAGAAUGCCUCGCUACUGUCUUUUUGGCAAUACUGUAAACCUCACAAGCAGAACGGAAACCACUGGAGAAAAGGGAAAAAUAAAUGUAUCCGAAUAUACAUACAGAUGUCUUAUGACCCCAGAAAACUCUGAUCCUCAAUUCCACUUGGAACACAGAGGCCCAGUGUCCAUGAAGGGCAAAAAGGAACCAAUGCAAGUUUGGUUUCUCUCCAGAAAAAAUACAGAAACAGAGGAAACACAGCAGGAUGAUAACUGAACCUUGAAUGGUGGGAUGAAGAGGACAGAAGAUUAGGUUUCAGUGAUCUAUCUGCCAGCACAGGCCAAACACAGAAGCAGAUUCCCCAUGGAUUCCAAUUUUGCUUUGUCCUUUUCAAUUAUCUUUGGCCUUUCUUGUAGGUAUAUCUUUCAAUGUUCACUCUUCAACUUUAGCUCUGCUUCCAGUUAUUUCCCAGAUUGUUCUAUAAUCUAAAGUUUAGCUUUAGAUGUGAAUGAUGUGAACUUCAUGUGUCUUAAAAUCCACUAUGAGCACUACCCAAAUGGUAAUUUGCACGUGGUGGGCACCCAAUAAACAUUUGUUGAAUUGAAUGAAAUGAAACUGAGCAGUAUUUGGCUAUGUGACUAGCUAACCAUGGUUUGCCAACUCUAUUUAGUGAUCCCCAUACAUGUAUAUUUUCAUGACAAUAGCCUAUAACAAAGUUUAUAUCGUGUUGGUUGGCAUAUGUCAUUGUAGAAAUCAUUUUCUAAAGGAGUGAAUUCUUAGAUUUAGGGGAAAAUGUGAUUUAUUUUCAGACUUUCAAAAUAAUAAUUAAUAGAACAGGCUAAGAAAAUAGUGUCUAUUUUGAAGUAUGCUUCUUUCCCUUUGGUAAUAUAGAAUAUACAUUACUGUUAUUAAAAUAUUUGUUUGUUCAUUCAAGUCCUGUGGCAAUUGUAAUUCCUCCCAAAUGCUAUAUUUUUAUGUUAACCCUUGUAUUACAUCUUCCUAAUUCCAUGCAGCUGCAAUUAAAAGCUGCAUCUUGAGAUGGUACAUUAGCUUGGGAACAUCUUGAGGGUCUUUCCUCAUAUCUAGGAAUAAGAGGAAAAGAACUGCUGAGAUAUUUCUGUUAGUCAGAACCAUACCCAGACUUUUAUUCACAAAACUGAGUUUCUUUUUCUUAGCUGAGAAGCAUAUGACUCCAUCUAGAGCUUCUGGUUAAGAAACUUUAGUUUAUUUUGGCAUAGAAAGCUUUCUGGUUGGGAUAAUUAACAUGCUGUUCUUAAACGUCUUCAAUAAUUUAUGAAUGUCUAUCUUUUUGAACUAGAGUGCGACUACUUUUGUGUAAAAAUACCUGUCUUUAUAUUUAGUAUUUCAUAUCAGCACAUCAAUAUAUGUAUAAAUGUUCCAUGUUCAUGUGUAAAAGAAUUGGCAAUAAAUUAUUUUUUCCACUUGUCUUUAGAUA